AUGUCUCAGAACAAUUACUCCAUCCAUUCGAUUGCCGCGGCAUACGCCGUUGGUCUGUUCCCUCACGGCUAUUACUAUGUCAAGAUGAUGGCCAAUGCCAAGGAACACGCUACAAACGUUGUACCGCGCGAGAACCUGUCCAAUCUCAAAGGCCGCCUGCCAGCCGAGAUCUGGCAGCAGCUCGCCAAAGCCCGAGGCGCACAUCUGAAUGCGAUGGAAGGAUUGCCUCUUUUCGCUGCUGCAAUGCUCGCUGGAAACCUGGCUAAACUUCCCUCGGGCGACUUGAACACGCUUUCCUUGGAGUAUAUCGGCAUCCGACUCUUGUAUACGGCUUUGUACAUGGGAGCCAAGUCUGAGGCUAUCAGCUAUUUGCGUACGGGUGUGUGGGCAUGGAGCAUAUCGAUCCCGAUUUGGGGAUUGAUCCAGGCUGGACGGGCUCUGAACAAUGGUGAGUGA